ACCGGAAGAAAAAGGCGAGAGUAACCGAAAUCUGCUUCUAAUUUUACUGUACUUAUUUGAGUAAACGCGAUGUCAGUGUCUUCUGUUCACCUGGCCGCUGAUGCCUACAUGGUGUGUUUAACACACGCGCUGUCUACGGAGAGAGAGGAGGUGAUGGGACUUUGUAUUGGAGAGGUUGACCCCAGCAGGACAGUCCACAUCUCUGCUGUCAUCAUGCUGCGAAGGUCGGACAAGCGGAAGGACCGGGUGGAGAUCUCCCCGGAACAGCUGUCCGCGGCGUCUACGGAGGCUGAGCGGCUGGCCGUACAGCUCAACCGACCAAUGAGAGUUGUCGGCUGGUAUCACUCACAUCCACACAUCACCGUGUGGCCGUCACAUGUGGAUGUUCAGACCCAGCAGUCCUACCAGUUUAUGGACGACUGUUUUGUUGGGCUCAUCUUUGCUGUCUUCAAUGAGGACAAGGCCACAAAAAGACACCAGGUACAGGUCACAUGUUUCCAGUCUAUCAACCAGAGUCCAGAAGGGGAGCCCCCCAUGUAUGAGAGAAUAGAGAUCCCUCUCCACAUCUUACCUAAGGACACCAUGAGCCGGCCGUGUCUGGAGUCACUGGUGGAGCUGCCUCAGAUCUUCUCACAGGAGGAACAGGAGGCCUACAGCAGGACGUUAGGGGAAGGCCUGGACCUGACCACCUGCAUUCAUAAUGGUACAGUCUACAUGCAGUCCCUCAGUCACCUGAUGGAGGUGCUCAGUGGGUCUCUAGUGCAGACACUAGAGAACAGGGUACAGUACAACAAGAACAAGGUAAAAAGACUGAAGGAAGAGAAGGAACAGUUGCAGAAAGAUCUAGAGGAGUUUCAACAGAAGAGCCAAAAAUAAGUGCUAUAUACAAACUGUAAGAAAACAGAAUAUGUGUUAGAGUCACAAUUUAGGACAUGACACAUUAUAUUUAUUGUUGAAAGUAAAUAUCUUAC